GAAACUUAAAUUAAUUAAACAGAACUAUUGCAGUAUUUCAACAAUACAUAGUAAACAUCUCUAGACGUUAAAAUAAUAUCAUUGCCUUUUCACGGAAUAAAUUUGAUUUUUUUCUAAAUAAAUCACACUAGUGAAGUAAUGACCUUUUAUUAGGAUAAGGCGAUAUCUUUUUUUAUUUUCCACCAUAACUAUAAGAAAGAUGGAAGAGGUUCGAGGAAUGAGUUUGAAAUUUGACAAAGAAGUAUGGAAACAAGAUCACAAGUCGAUUACUUGAGAAAUGAAUAUAGACUCUUUUUCAAUGUUUACCUUAUUGGGUUAAAAAUUUCGUGAUGUUCUUGGUUACAAUUGCAAAUCAAACCUUCAUGACAACUAUUGACAGCCCAACAUUCUCUGAUGUUUCUGGUAUUAAAUCUCUCCUUCUCCCUCAUGAAACUUUGUUCCAAGUCUUCUGGAAAAAAAAAUACACAGCACUGUUCCAAGUACCUUCAAAUGGACUCCAAUGCACAGAUGAGUUGUAUGAUGAGAGUGAAUGUCCAUUGUGAUGGGUGUAAAAGGAAAAUGAUGGAAGUGUUACAGAAUCUAAAAGGAGUAUAUUCUGUGGUUCUAGAUGCAGAACAAGGGACAUUGAAGGUCAAUGGAAAAGUAAAUCCCUCUACUAUUUUGAAUGUCUUUGAUAAAUUUGGGAAACAUGGAGAGGUCUCAUCUCUUAGGUUUGAUGGUGAGGUCAUGGAACAAAUACCUUAUUCAUUUUAUGGAGACAAUCCCUAUAAUCCAUAUGAGGUUCCGUACCCUCCAAUUCCAUAUCCUUUCUUCAGAGGGCCAGAACAACAAUUGUAUGGGAGAAAUCCGUAUCUAAUGCCAAUGCCACCGCCUCUGCUAGGGACAAAGCCACCGCCUCCAUGGCCUCCACCACCACAGCAGCAUCCACCACCUCCUCCUCUAUUACAGCAUCAACUUCAGCAGCAGCCAUCACCAGUCAGUAAAGCUCCAUCAGCACCGCCAGCACCCCUUCCACCUGACCCUAAAUGUUGCACCAUAAUGUGAAAAGGCAGAGUAGGCCUAAAUUUUGUCCUUGGGUUUUCCUCAUUUAGCAAUUCAAAUUUUUUUAUGGGUAAUAAUGAUAGUUAUUUAUUCCUUAAUCUUUGUGGUUAAGAGGGAAUAUUACUGAAUCUAUUAAGUUGAUACUAAAUAUAUUUUUAUGGUUUUUCUUAUAGAGCGAUGUGAUUUUUGAA